GUUUGUUGUAGUGGGCACAGGGCUGGGGCAGGCAAUGGGCAGCACUGGCAGAGGGGCACUGUCUGUCUCCCAGCCCCCAGCACUGGGUCACCAGCUUCAUCUCCAGGUGUGACAGGAUGCCCCUGCUGGAAGCCAUGGUUGUGGAUGAUGUCCCUAGCUUGAAGGACACAUGUGCCUCCUCCUGCUCCCCAGCCAUGGCUGCCUCAGAGCUGGAGUUGGACUCAGGACUGGAGGAGGAUGAACUGAAGCAGGAGGCUGUUCCUCAGGAUUCCACCAUCUUUGUGGCUUUGAAAGGCAAUAUAGGAGACAGAGACUUGGAGCAGAAGCUGGAGGUCAUACUGGAGAAUGUGCCUGGCCUCCUGCACAUGGAGUCCAGCAAGUUGAAGCUGCAGAAGAUUGAGCCCUGGAACAGCGUCAGGGUCACCUUCAACAUCCCGCGGGAGGCUGCCGAGCGCCUGCGGCUCCUGGCGCAGAGCAACAACCAGCAGCUGCGGGACCUGGGCAUCCUCUCCGUGCAGAUCGAAGGGGAAGGUGCCAUCAACCUGGCUGUGGCUCCGGGCAGGAGCCAGGACGUGCGGAUCAACGGCCCGCUGGGGGCCGGCGCGCUGCGGAUGGAGGCAGGCUUCCCCGUCCAGGGGGCUCAAGGGCUGAUAAGAAUGGGCAAUGCUGCAGCAGUCAUGAUGUCUCAGAGUGGAAGUGUGCCCUCCUCUAUGGUGGCAAGUGGUGCUGGUGCUGAGCUUCAGCCAAGGACAUCUCGGCCUUCCUCACAGCCAGAUGCAAUGGACCCACUCCUGUCUGGGCUAAACCUCCAGCAGCAGACCCACCCAGCUGGCUCCCUGGGCCCCCAGCUGCACUCGCUGCAGGCGGUGCCCGUGAGCAGGCAGCUGAGCUCGGGCAGCUUCCCGCAGCUCCAGCAGCAGGCGCAGCUGCAGCCGCGGCCCCCCCAGCCGCACCAGCAGCCCCAGCAGGGCCUUCGACCUUCCUUCACCUCCCCAGCGCAGGUCCCGGUCCCACCUGGCUGGAACCAGCUUUCUUCAGGAGCUCUUCAGCCUCCCCCAAGCCAGGGAGCCUUGGGCACGCUGGCGGUGAGCCAGGGCUGGAAGAAGGCUCCGUUGCCCGGCCAGAUGCAGCAGCAGCUCCAAGCGAGACCAUCUCUAGCGACCAUACAAACUCCUCCUCAUCCUCCUCCUCCAUAUCCCUUUGGAAGCCAGCAAGCUUCUCAGGCUCACUCGAACUUUCCCCAGAUGAGCACCCCUGGCCAGUUUACUGCUCCUCAGAUGAAGAGCCUUCAGGUAGGGCCCUCACGGGUUCCUACGCCGCUGCAGCAGCCCCACCUGACCAACAAGUCUCCUGCUUCCUCUCCCUCCUCCUUCCAGCAGGGAUCUCCUGCAUCAUCUCCAACAGUGAACCAACCUCAGCAGCAGAUGGGACCAAGGCCCCCCCAGAGCAGCAGCCUUCCCCAGGGAUUCCAGCAGCCUGUCAGCUCCCCCAGCCGCAGCGCCAUGGUGCAGCAGGGGAGCGUGCCCCCCAACUUCAUGGUGAUGCAGCAGCAGAACCAAGCUCCACAAGGGUUACAUCCUGGCUUGGGAGGACUGCCCAAGCGGCUGCCGCCGGCGUUCCCUGCGGGCCAGGCCGCCCAGAGCUUCCUGCAGGGGCAGGGCCCCUCGGCGGCGCCGGGAGCAGCGGUGAACAGCGGAGCCCAGCAGCUGCAGGGCAGCCAGAACGUGCAGCACACAGGUGGCCAAGGAUCUGGACCUCCUCAAAAUCAGAUGCAAGCACCACAUGGGCAACCAAAUAUGAUGCAGACCAAUCUCAUGGGACUUCAUGGAAACAUGAACAGCCAGCAGGCUGCUGCCAGCGGGGUGCCACAGGUCAACAUGGGCAGCAUCCAAGGACAGCCUCAGCAAGGACCACCCUCUCAGCUGAUGGGAAUGCACCAGCAAAUUGUAUCCUCUCAAGGACAGAUGGUGAACAUCCAGGCUCAGGGAUCCCUGAACCCCCAGAACCAGAUGAUCCUCUCCCGAUCCCAGCUGAUGCCACAGGGCCAGAUGAUGGUGACCCCCCAAAACCAAAACCUUGGCCCUUCCCCCCAGAGGAUGACCCCCCCCAAGCAGAUGAUGCCCCAGCAGGGACAGCAGAUGAUGUCCACCCACAAUCAGAUGAUGGGACCUCAGGGCCAGGUGCUGUUGCAGCAGAACUCCAUGAUGGAGCAGAUGAUGGGCACUCAGCUGCAGGGCGGCAAGCAGCCUUUCAGCGCUCCCAGCCAGGGCGGCGUCAUGCCGGGGCCGGCGCAGCUGAUGAGAGGACCAACCCCAAGCAUGCAAGGAAACAUGGUGCAGUUUGCUGGGCAGAUGAUGGCACAGCAAGGCCCUGUCAAUGGGAAUCCUUCUCAGGUUAUGGGGAUUCAAGGGCAAGUGUUAAGGCCCACUGGCCCCAGCCCUCACUUGCCUCAGCAGCUCGGGGACGCGGCCGCCGCCGCCCCCAGCGACGUCAGCCUGCCGCAGAUGCUGCCCGAGGUGCCUGUGCAGCAGCCCAGCAUGGUGCCUGCUCACAUGCAAGCGAUGCAAGGCAGCAGCAACACUUCAGGGAGUCACUUCUCUGGCCAUGGGCUGCCUUUCAAUGCAGGCUUCAGUGGCACGCCGAACGGGAGCCAGCUGCCCUGCGGGCAGAACCCCGUCUUCCCGGUCAACAAGGACGUCACCCUCACCAGCCCGCUCCUCGUCAACCUGCUGCAGAGCGACAUCUCAGCAGGGCACUUUGGGGUCAACAACAAACCCAACAGCCAGAACAACAACAAGCCCAAGAAGAAGAAGCCUCCCAGGAAGAAGAAAACCAACCAACAGUUAGAGCAAACAACUUCUGCAGAAGCACAUCCUGCUGGCCUGGAGGAGAGUGAUCAGUCCUCCAUGUCUGGAGAGCAAGGAAUGAACUUGGAUAAUGCAGGCCCCAAGCUGCCAGAUUUUGCCAGCAGGCCACCAGGUUACCCAUCUCAGCCAGUGGAGCAGAGACCGCUUCAGCAGAUGCCACCUCAACUCAUGCCGCACGCGCAGCAGCCGCAGCAGCCGCCGCAGCAGCCGCAGCCGGCACCGCAGCAGCCGCAGGCGCCGCAAACACCGCAGCAGCAGCAGCAGCAGAUGAUGAUGAUGCUGAUGAUGCAGCAGGACUCCAAGUCAGUCAGGCUUCCCGUGCCACCAGGAGUUCACCCACCCAGAGUGCCUCUGACCGCGGAGGCUCAGCGGCUGCCGCUGCAGCAGGGUGGCGGCAUGCCGGUGAUGGUUAACCUGCAGGGCCCGGGGCCGGUGCCUCCCUCUCCCGACAAGCAGAGGCUUUCCUUGCCAGGCAACCCUGCUCUGGGCAGCGGUGCCAGGAAGAUGGUUUAUCCAGAGAGCGUUCAGAACCCUGCCAGCUCGCCCCACGGGGAGCUCUCCUCAGUGCCCUCCCUGCCAGAAGGGGCCGGGGCCGAAGGGCCCCCGGCCUCAGGAGCUCAGAGCGCUCUGCCCUCUCAUUUGGUAGUGUCCCAGAACCAGCUGAUGAUGACGGGACCCAAACCUGGACCAUCCCCGCUUUCGGCUGCCCAGGGUGCCAGUCCCCAGCAGCAGUCUAACUCCCUGCCCAGUGCUCUCACACACCAUUUCCCCAAUGUUGCCACCCCAUCACAGACUUCAAGGCCCAAAACCCCCAACAGAGCAAGCCCAAGGCCAUACUACCCUCAGACUCCUAACAACCGUCCCCCCAGCACCGAGCCGUCGGAGAUCAGCCUGUCCCCAGAGAGACUGAAUGCUUCCAUAGCUGGGCUGUUCCCUCCUCAGAUCAAUAUCCCUUUACCUCCCAGGCCUAACCUCAACAGAGGCUUUGACCAGCAGGGUCUCAACCCCACCACUCUGAAGGCUAUUGGCCAAGCCCCAUCCAAUCUGACCAUUAACAGCCAGUCCAGCUUUGCUGCCCCGCAGUCACACAAGGCAGAAGGCAUGGCCAUGGGGGCAGGGAAACAGCCCAGUGCUGGAGGAACCAAGAGAGCAAGCCCAAGCAACAGUCGAAGGUCCAGUCCUGGCUCCAGCAGGAAGACGACGCCGAGCCCUGGCAGGCAGAAUUCCAAAGCAGCUAAGCUGUCCUUGCCAGCUCAGCAGAAUCCCUCUCUCUUGCAGAACAUGGAAUUGCAGAGGAGUAUGAUGGCUGGGCCCCCUCUGCCAACACCUGUGACCACGAGCUUCCAGAGCAGCAGCGUGCUGAGCAGUCAGAGCUCUGCGGUUCCGGUGCCUGCUGCCAGUGGCAUUCCUGAAGACAGUAAAGAGAGCCUCAGCGUGCCCCAGGAUACCGAGUGCCAGAGCACACAGGGUGUCCCAGGCCCCAAAGACCAGCCCAGUGUUGAACUGAAAGGUAUCCCUGCUCCUGAGGUGAAAAUGCUGGCUCCAGAAGAACAGGCAAAGAAAGAUGGGCAAGCCUUGGACAGCAGUAAGCUUCCUGUCUUGGAGGAAAGCAAGCCCAUGGUGUCUCCAGCUAUGAGGGAGGCACCAACUUCUCUAAGCCAACUUCUGGAUAAUUCUGGAGCUCCUAAUGUAACCAUAAAGCCACCUGGGCUGGCUGGUCUGGAAGUGGCCCCAAUAGUCACCACAAGUGAGGAGCUGAAGAAGGUGGCUGUCAUUCCUCCCCUGCAAGAGUCCUCCUCCAGCAAAGAGCCACCGAAUGCACUUAGCUUGCCUCAGAGCGGCGAGCCCUGUUCGAACCCAGGGCAGCAGGAGCUGGGGGAAGUGAGCUCCAGCGUGGCACAGAGUGCUCCUCCAGUCAUGCAGAGGCCUGUCAGCUCUUCUUCUAUUUCAGGGCCUUUACCCCCAAACCAGAUCACAGUGUUUGUCACAUCGAACCCUAUCACAUCUGCUGCUAACACGUCGGCACCGCUGGCGUCUCACCUGCAGCCGGCGCUGGUGUCCACGGUGGUGACGAUGCCCAACGUGGGCAGCAAGGUGAUGGUCUCUGAGGGGCAGCCCGCGGCAGGCCAGGCCAGUGCCCGGCCCCAGUUCAUCACCCCUGUCUUCAUCAACUCCUCCUCAAUAAUCCAGGUGAUGAAGGGCUCUCAGUCAAGUACUAUUCCAGCAGCCCCAAUGACCUCUAACUCCAGCCUGAUGCCUCAGUCGGUCGCCGUCGUUGGCCCUUUGCACCUACCGCAGAACAUAAAGUUCUCCUCGGGGCCCCCUCCGCCCAGCACCUCCUCCCCGAGCCCGGCUCCCAGCAUCCCCUCCAGCAGGCCGCUGGUUCUCAAUCCCUUGGCACCUCCUGUUCAGCUGCCUUCUCCUGCCACCACUGCUUCCAGCCUUCCUUCACACCUUCCUGCCCAGCAAGGCAAAGACUUCAGCCCGGAGGAGCCUUCCCCUCCGGGGGGUGGCUCCGGCGAGCAGUGCUCCGCGCCGGCCGGACCUGUGGUUUCUCCUCUCCUCUCCAGCAGCCCAGGCUCCGGCAACAGGCGCAGCCCUGUGUCCUCCAGCAAAGGCAAGGGCAAGGUAGACAAGAUCGGGCAGCUGCUGCUGACCAAAGCCUGCAAGAAGGUCACAGGCUCCCUGGAGAAGGGGGAAGAGCAGAGCGCGGCCGAGGGAGAGGCGGAGGGGCCGGGGGCAGAGGCGUCGCUGCCCAAUCCCUUGGGAGCGGAGCAGGCGGCGGCAGAACUCGAUAGCAGACCUGCGCCGCCCCCGGCACCCAGCCUGACCAAACAGAGCACUUCUGGGCCCGGCAGCUCGGGUGCCCCCGCGGCGGCGUCCCCGGCUGCGGCGGCCGGCGGCAGCCCUGUGCCCGGCGCGCUGCCGCCCGAGCCCGCGGCCCCCAACGGCGGCGGCCAGGCCGAGCAGGCCGCGGCCCCCGAGGAGCGAGCAGCAGCUCAGCAGGAGCCACCACAGAGCACAGCAUCCUCUCAACAUUUAACACAGAAAAAAAGCUCAGUUGCACCAUCAGAAAGUACUGUUCAAAGAACAGAACUUGAAACAAAUGCUGCAGUAGUUGCUGGUCAAAGUAAUGAGACAAAAGAGAGUUGUGAAAAGUCUAAAACUCCACAUAGAAGAAAUUCAAGAGCAGAGGAUUCUGCCACCCCACAGGAAACUGUAGAGAACGGACAGCGCAAGAGGUCCUCCCGGCCAGCCUCUGCAGCCAGCACUGCCAAAGAGCCGAGUGCCAGUGCAAUGCAGUCAAAACGAAGAAAAUCCAAGUAAAACACUGCAUGGAAACUGAACCUUUGUAAAUGAGGGAAUCCCCCAGCAGCCCCUCUCAGCUGGGCUUUGGGUCAGUGUGUUGCUUUUGGUGGGUUUGGGUCUUCUUGUCUUUGUUGUUGUUUUUUUUUUACAU